AUGGCCUCUCUUCCACCCUCCCCUCCUCCCGACCCGCCCCCAGCACUCCCACCGCCACCCGCCGCCCCGCUCCAGCCCCCGCACCCGGGUCCCGCGCGCACCUACAUGCCGCCGUCCCCCUCGCCCGCCCUCACCGUCGACCUCAACCUCAAGUCCCGCCUCUGUCCCUCCUCGUCGACCAUGUCCCUCUCCUCCACCGCCGCCUCGGCGUCCUUCGCCGCCACCAAGGCCCCCGCCGUCCUCACCGCCGACCUCGACGGCGACGUGCGCGAGGUGGCUGCGCCUGCGGACGCCGAGGACGCGCGGGACGGGAACGGCGACGUCGAGAGCAAGCGCGGGGAGGGCGCGGGCCCGCCACUGCCGCCCGACGGAGGCGCGAGCGCGUGGAUGACCGUCGCUGGCGCCUGGCUCGUGCAGUUCGCGACGUUCGGGUACAUCAGCUCCUUCGGCGUAUACCAAGACUACUACACCACAUACUACCUCCCCGCGGAGACGAGCUCGAACAUCAGCUGGAUCGGCAGCCUCCAGCUCUGCCUCAUGUAUGCGCCGGGCGUGUUCGUGGGCCGCGCGUUCGACGCCGGCUACUUCCACCAUCUCGAAAUCCUCGGCGCGCUGCUCUACGUCUUCAGCAUCUUCAUGCUCAGCCUCGCACGGCCGGGAGAAUACUACCAGGUGUUCCUCGCGCAGGCAGUCGGGAUGGGCCUCGGGCUCGGGCUCACCUUCCUGCCGUCGCUCUCCGUCGUCGGCCACCACUUUCGCGCCCGCCGCGCCCUCGCCGUCGGCAUCGCGGUCAGCGGCUCGAGUGCCGGCGGGAUCGUCUUCCCCAUCAUGCUCAACCGGCUGUUCCAAGACCCUGCCGUCGGCUUCGCGAACGCGGUGCGCGCGAGCGGCGCGGUCGUCGGCGGGUGCCUCGUCGUGGCCAACUGCCUCAUGCGCACGCGGCUCCCGCCGAAGCGCGCGGGUCGUGUCGAGGAGAAGGACGGUUCGAGGGGCGCGGCGAGGCUGGAGGCGUGGCGCGGCAUCGUCUGGGACGGCGCGUAUUUGUGGAGUAUAUGCGGAGCGUUUCUGACGAGCUUGGGGGUGUACGUUCCGCUCUUCUAUCUACAGCUGUUCGCGGUGGACCACGGCGUCAGCUCGCGUAUUACAACCUAUUCCCUUGUGAUCCUCAACGCCGGAAGUACACUCGGGCGGCUCGUCCCCACCUUCCUCGCGGACAAGCUCGGCGUGUACAACAUGCUCGUGCCCGCGAUGGCCGCAUGCGCCGGGCUCAUCUUCGCCAUCUUCGGCGCGACGAACGGGCCGGGCGUCGUCCUCGUCGGGCUGAUCUUUGGUUUCGUAUCGGGCGCGUACAUCUCGUUGAUCCCUAGCUUGCUCGUUCAGCUAUGCAGAAAUAUGGGAGAACUGGGCGUGAAGAUGGGGCUCGCGUAUACCGCGGUGGCUGCGGCGAAUCUCAUCGGGAACCCCAUCGCGGGCGCGUUGCUGGGCACGAGUACGGGCGGGCCGUUGACGUGGUGGCGCGCGAUCGUAUUUACCGGCGUAAGCAGCUCUCCUUUCAUCUUGCGUCGCGGCGGUUGGGGCUGCGUGUAUGGCGCUGUCGAGAUCGUUGUUCAUCAAAGGGCGAGGGAGGGAUGGGCGGAAGGUUUGAGGGGGCUGUAG